GCCUCUACCGGCAAGUGUUACGAUCAAUUCAAACAAACGGUGCGCCACUGGCGAGGGGAGUCCCGAACCGUUUCGAAAGUAAAAAUACUGCGCGACCCGGGAUUUCGUUUGCACGGUUACGACGAGGGUAAAAAAGCGGAGGCGCAUACGGUGGUGUAGUCGGGGCAACGCGGUGUUCCGGCCGCGUAAAAUGACGUAGAGAGUGUGCGUGCAGGGUGUGCCGCCGCGCGGUGCGAGAGGUUGUGUGGCAGCAGCGGAAACGGUGUCGCGGUUGUGUAGGGUCGGCGCUGCUCGUAGGCUAUCGGUGUACACGGGGGAAAUUGGCCGUGGCUUCGCCAAUGGAUGCCAGGCAGGAGGAGACGCCAUUUUGAUAUACGGGCGCACGUCAAGCGUUCGCUCCAAGGGAAACGCGCUCUGCUCGCGAGAACUGCUCCGGUCUGUGCAGCCGCGUCCGGUCCGCCGCGCUCGAAAUCGUUGAUACGGUCGACGCUCGACGCUCGACGGGUUAUCGUGAGUAAUAGGCGCGCGUGGCCGCGACGUAUACCGAGCCGAGGCGUUUCGUUGACAAGUGACAGGUGAAUCGAUCGCGGUCCGCGGGCCCGCGAGGAAACUCGCGUUGCGGCCCGCCGUGUUUCGCUCUCUCUCGCGCGCGGUCGAUCGGCAGUGAACUACUGUGUGUGGAACCUACUACGUGUACGCCACGAACCGAGGAUUCGGAUUUUUCCCCACGCGUGGCCAGUUCACGGCGCGAGGGCUACACGCACCGUACCUAGUCCCAGUGUGUGUGUGCCUGAGUGUGUGUGCGUGCGUGUGUAUAUAUAUAUAUAUAUUUAUAUAUAUAUAUGUACGCCAGUAUAUAUAUAUACAUACAUAUAUAUAUAUAUAUAUAUAAAUAAAAAAAACGUACAUCGGUGCACCAAAUUUCCCGGUGUGUGUAUACGGCAACCAAAAGACAGGGAAAACGAAGAAGCGGCGGUUUUGUUUCGCGCGCGCGACAGAGAGGCCACCGGCCGACACUUCGGGCCAGGACAAGACGACCCGAUGUCGGGAGCGGGUCGCGACCCCGUGUCGACCCGCGGUCGUCCUCGUCCUCGUCCUCUCCUGUCCAUCGUCGCCACCUCCUCCUGCCUCGUGCCACCAGGACGCUCCUGGCGUAAAUGUGCUCUCAUGAGCGCCCAUGUGCUGCUGCGCCUAUUUCUCCGACCGCUGCCCCUGCGUGCCCUGUAAACCCAGAGCACACCCCGAUUAGCACGCCCACGCACUCUACUCGCUCGCGAACAUGGCCAAGAUCCUCAACAAGGACCCCGUCACCUACGAGAGGGAGAGGGAGAACUUCCUGAAGGACCUACGUCACUUUCAUGAGACCAGAGGAACUUCAUUCAAGAAAUGCCCAAAAAUCAACGGGAAAGAUAUAGAUCUGUACUUGCUGUACGUUGUCGUCACUGCCCACGGAGGAUGGAUAAAGGUAAAUACGAGGAACGAGUGGGCCACGCUAUGCGAACAAUUCCAUCUGCCUGGCGGCUGCGUGAACAGCGGGGUCGGCCUUAAACAAAUUUACCUUAGGUACCUGGACAGGUACGAGAAGGUGCACUUCCUAGGGGAGGAUGGACAGCAAGCCGACGACGACGACGAGGACUCCAGACAUAGAAAAUGGUCCGCCAGGGCAUUACACUCCGUUCCUCUUACAUAUAAUCAUCAUCAACACAAUGUCGCAGAAUCUCUUCGUGAAUACAACGGCCUCUCUUCGGAUCUUUACAAGCCAUCUAACUACGAUAAGCUCGCGCUCUCUCUACUGUCGCCGCUGCCGAACGAACAGGAUUUCGCGAUCAACGUUUGCACGUUGCUGUCGAACGAGGGUAAACACAUCCUCCGGCUGGACAAGUACCCCCGUCUGGUGAACAUCCUACUAGCGCACGCGGGCGUGUUCGACUCGCCAGGCACAAGGCAGCUCUUCAUCGAGGUCUACUCCCGGGUGAGGAACUACUCGAUCAACUCGUUCUGGUCGGACGUGCUCGACUGCCAGGACGUGAUAGAUCUCACGAACGAGAGGACGUUCAUGAAGAAACCGGCCACCAGUCCGCAGACAUUCUCCAGGCGGAAAAUCUUGGAGAAGCAGAACAAAAGCGCCGCCCAGAUCGAGAACGAUGAGCCCUCAACGUCGAUGGACGUCGACGGGGUGCUUCCGGAUUGCUCGAGGCUAGACCCACAUCAGGACGAGAACUUGAAAGACCAGAACCAAAACUCCAUCAAGUUCGAGGAGGAGGACAGAGACCUGUUUUGCGUCGGGCGAACGCUGGGCACGCAGGACCCGUACGGCCAGCGUGUUCUGCAGAUAGCGUCGAUCCUACGGAAUCUCAGCUUCACGCCGGAGAACGCCGCAGUGCUCGGGAGGAAUCGGUGUUUCUUAAGAUUCGUGUUACUGUGCGUGAGGGCGAGGUGGAGCAAUCUGCAUCAGCUCGGCUUCGACAUACUAGGGAACAUAGCGAACGAAAUAAUCUUAAAAGAGGCCGGGGAGAGGAUAACGGACGUCGUGUUGUCAUGCGUCGCGAGGGGUGUCGAAUCCCAGGACAGGUUUAUCGUUAUAUCCUGUUUGGAGGUGCUUAAUAAAAUUAGCCAACAAGACAGCAACGAAGAAGUCGUCACAUUUGGGUUGGAGGACAGUGUGUACGAACUUAUAUGCAGGUUUCUGGCACUGAACGACAUAGCGCUUUUAGUAUACACCUUGGAAUGUUUGUACGCGUUGACAUCGUUGGGUGAGCGGCCAUGCACUAGCGUCGCGAGGGUACGCGGGGCUAUUGACACGUUGGUCGCCCUUGUGACGGUGGAAGCACAGAGUUAUGGGCCGAAGGCUUGCAUCUUGAUGCGAGUGAUCGAGACAGUGUCCACCGUAACUACACCGCCGAGCACUACCCAGAACACUCCGGUUACUGCCGCUGCACCAGCUGCGACAGUGUCACCGUCGGUGCCAACCAUACCAGCCACUAUCACUGCAGCACCAGCUCCAGUCAGUCCGGCUCCUGCGAGACCAACCACUCCAGCUGCAACCGCAGCAAAAUCUGCAACGCACAAAGCGGUGGAGACAAGCAGUUCGAUACAACAGCAACACGCUCAUCAGCAAAUCAUACAAGAAAACGAGCAAUUUGCCCUCGGCUGGUUGAGAGCAACAUUUGAAUUGGCACCAGGUGUGCGUAUAGAGCAAGAAGAAUUGUACAAGAAGUAUCUCGGUUGUUGCACAAAGAUUGGCAGGAGGGGAGUGAUCGCUCCGCUUCAUUUUCCAAGAUGUGUUAGAUCCGUGUUUGGUGGAAGCGUUGGACCAAAUCCAUUGAAAGGUGAAACAACUGGUACUCAGUAUUACGAAGGAAUCAGAGUACGGGCCACACCUCCCCAAGUAACUUAUCCGAGCCAAACCGCAGUUGGGACUAACACAGCUCCAAUUCCAGCGAUCAACACAACUCCAGUAAAGGUGCUUCCCGUACAACAGCGUACAAUCAAGAGUAUUAGUCCUGCUCCUGAUAGCACGGCCCUAGACAAUCCUGCAUCUGGGCCUCAAAAACUCCCCAUCCCAGCGUCACCUAUCCUGAAAGCCCAAUUAUCUGCCCCACCGAAACCACCAUCCAGUGCAUCAAACACUUGUUCAACUCAAUCCCAAAAUCCAGUCACCAAGGUUGAUUCUAAAAGUCAGGUGUCAGUGUCACAUCCUCACUUGAGUCAAGCGUUACUAUCCAGCGGGUCCCAGACACAACCGCUGCAGCCGCAGCUGGUGCAGCAACAGUCGCAAACUAUUCAGGUAGUUGCGAAGGAUGAUAAUCGAAGUGGUACCACAUCCAGUUCCAUAAUAAAAAGCCUACUGGCUACUAAGGUAACGGUCAGCAGCGACUGCAUGCCCAGUACUGCUGCGACUUGUGUGUCUACUCCUACUGCCUGUGUAACAAACACUACUGCUAGCAUCGCAUCCAGCAUCAGUGCGAACCAGCUAAUAACCAGCAACCAGGUUGCGCAACGACAACAGCAGCAGAGGCUACUGCAGCAACAAUUAACUAACGUAUCACAGCCACCCGCAACCACAACAGCCGCAUCUGCAAUACUCCCAAAGACUUAUGUCAACUCGAAGCAACAAAAGCCAGCUAUUACACCCAUUCCUGCCAAAAAGAUACAAAGGCUUAAUGGAGCCAAGUUUAUCCUGACUAAUAAUUGUGACAAGACUGAAGUAAACGAUAACGAGAACAUCAACCAAAUUGCAAUAUCGACGAUCGCUUCCCCACUGUUGCUGAACUCCACAGAGAAUCACAUAUCGUCCACGAUCAAACUGUGUCGGCCUCCAAUGACGACAGUGACGACCGCUAAUAAGACAACGCAGCGAUCGACGUGCACGUCAAUCGCAGAGGACUCGGACUCAACCAACAAUUCUUUAGCGUCUAGUAGCGGAAUCGGUGGCAGCAGGGACUGUUCAGGGGUUGGUGUCGAAGAGGAUAACUCCCUAACAAGUUUCGAAGGUAUUUUAUUGAACGGUGCGCCGAGCAACAUGGACAUCGAUGCGCAGGACGAUGGCUCGUCAAAGGACUCUUCUAGCGUGACAUCCAAGGAAAAACCGUUGCAAAGCAUGAUGUUGGCGGAUCUCUUAGAGAGAAAGGUGGAGAAAGAACCUAUCUUGAACGGCGUACUAGGGAAAAACUCCAUUAACGAGAAAGGCAUCGACUUAGUAGAGAACCACAUCAAGAAAGUGCUGAAAGAAUCUCCAACCGACAUAAAAAUAAAGACGGAGGUGGAAGAGGGAAAUGUUUUACAGACAGAGGUCUCCGAAGACACGUUGAUAGAGGCGCCAAGGGGAAUAAAGAGGGCCGCCAGCGAUUCCGACGAUGUAGAUGCAAAGAAACCGAAGUACUCUAAUGGUACAAUGUCGCCAGAUCCGGCGGUAGAUUCGACGACGGCGGAGUCAACAGUCUCGAGCAUAAAAUCCGAGGAGCAGGACGACGACAAGGACAGCGAGAAGGCGACGGUCUCAUCCACUGCUGCCAACUUGUACGCAGCUCUAGCCGCAGAUUGUAUGGAGGAUGAGACAGAUCUUGACGAAAACGUGAAUGUGACGAAAGAAGAGCCAGCUGCGACGAUAAAAGAGGAACCACAUAUAUUCGUCAAUCAGAUUAGUCAGACACCUCAGCCACCUCAACAACAGUCUCAGCAACAUCCUCCACAGCUCCAACAUCCUCCACAGCUCCAACAGCCUCCGCAACUCCAACAGCCUCCGCAGCUCCAACAGCCACCGCAGCUUCAACAGCCACCACAACUACCACAACUCCAACAGCCUCCGCAACUCCAACAGCCUCCGCAACUCCAACAGCCUCAGCAACCCCCUCAACCGCAGCCUCAGCCACCGCCACAACCGCCUCCUCAAUUGCAGCAGCAUCAGCAGCAACAACAGCUGAUAGUCGCAGCUCCUAGACAGACACUAGUGGUGCAACAGACGAUCCAGCCUAAUAAUCAGAUGAUCAUACCUGCUGCAUCGAUGAAGGCUAGACAGGCGCAACCUCAGCCGCAAGUUCUGUUGCAACAGAGUGCAGGGGGACAGCUGCAAUAUGUAGUUUCCGGUGGCGUACCGGGCCAGAACUAUGUCUUGGCUCAACCUCAGACUACCUUGGUCCAGGGACAGGCACAGACUGUUUUAGUGGCACAGACGACGCAGCAGCAGGGGACUGGCGCGAAGACUAUCAUUAUCCUGCAGCCGCAAGCAGCUGCUCCGCCUACUCAGCAAAAAAUGGUAGCUGUCACGCCUCAAGGGCAACAGGUGGUCGUCACUCAGGUUUCGAGACCUAUUCUGCAGAGUCCUGCGCUAGGGAAUAUACCACCUCCGCUUGUUCCAACGUCGGGAACGAUACCCCAGACUUCCAUCAUUGUGAACAGUUCGAUGGCGCAGUCUAAUCCUAAUACCGUGACAGUUACGAUCCCAGCAAUGGCUCAGCAGACCCCAGUGUCCACUAGUGUGCCCUCAAGGGUCGUGACACCCACCCCGGCAUCGACACCACCACCUACAAGGCCGACGACUCCACAUCAAGCCGCUGCUACGCAUGGACUGCCCGCGAAACAACCCCCGAAAAUCAUGAAGACUGUCAGUUCCUGUACCUCCACCGAACCCGAGUUGAAACCGUCGACCAGCCAGAUCCAACCAGAGAAUAAAACCAUCACGAUCAAGAUUGAUCCUAAUGCCUUUCUAUGCGAGUGGCGGGGAUGCUUGAGGCAAUUCAAAACAUCGCACGAGGUUUACUUGCACGUAUGCGAAGCGCAUUGUCCAAUCGGUGGGGAGGAAAUAUUGUGUCUCUGGGCGAGUUGCGAUGCCCUGAAGAGGCGUAGGUUUUCCUUGAUGACACACUUGUAUGAUAGGCAUUGCAAUGCGGAGACGAUGUACACGAGGAGGAAACAGUUAACGGUGACCGGAAAGACUGAAGUUUCGACGUCGACGCCACCAACUCCUCAUCAUCCUGGCUAUGCACCAAACGCAGCAUUCCAUGCUAUUAAGCGGCACGCCUUGGAAUUCGUUAAUCCAAAAGAGCUGAUGCAAAGGCCGACCAAGCCCGCUGCAGCCACCUCAAGCUCUUCUUCCCCAAGACCUGGGCAAAAUCCUCCGCCAGAACAGGACGACAACGAAGGUCCAGUGACCAAAAGUAUUCGCUUGACAGCAGCUCUAAUUCUCAGAAACCUAGUCAUAUAUUCAACACAUGGCAGAAGGCACCUUAGAGCAUACGAACCACAUCUGGCGGGUGUGGCAUUAAGUAACGUUGAAUCAUCAAGAACAAUCGCACAAGUUCUAUACGAUAUGAACGAUCAAAGCAGCAGUCACCAUAGGUGACCUCUUGAACCAGGCCUCUAAGAGAAAGCUCUUUAAAUGUUCUCCGAGCACCGAUCAACCUGUUUUACUUUGAAUUUUAGUGUAAAGUGAAAGAGUAAAGAGAGAGAAAGCGAAUAUGGUAGAGAAUGAUAGGGAGAGAGAGAAAGAAAGAGAGAGAGAGAGAGAGAGAGAGAGAGAGAGAGCAUGACCGAAAGUGAGAAUGAGAACCAGAAAAGUAAUAAUGUAAGAUUAUGACUUUUGCAAUAAAUUGCAAAAAUAUAAAAGCAAAGAAAAAUGUGUGACUGUGCGGUAAAGGAAGGAACAGUGGCAAAAGGCGAAGAGAAAAGUAGGAAAAGAAGGUGAUGAAGAAGAAGAGUAUGACACGGCAAUGUUCCAUAUUAAUUAAAAAGAGGCCUAUAAACUUACUAGGCAAGCCAAUUUGCCGAUUUAGACUAUAAUAAUGUACUGAAAAUAAAAACUAGUAAACCACGAAACGAAAGACAGUAGUUGAAGUGAUGAUGCAGAGAAUCAGUGAUACAAAACAAAACGUGAGAAAAAACGCAGAAAAGAAGAAAAACAAGAACGAGAAUAAUAUUUCAAAUUUAAUAUUAAUAUUUAUUUUCUCAACAAGAAAGCGGAAGAAAUGUUUUUAGUAAUCUUGUACAAAAAAUAACUGAAUGGGCGAAGAAAAAUACUUUAUGGACGUUAUAGUUAAUUACGAAUCAAUAUUAUAUUAUUAUUAUAUUAUAUUAUUAUUAAUUAUUAUUAUUAUUAUUAUUGUAUGUUUUUCAUAAGUCACCAAGAAAGAAAAAACCUAGAUUAUAAAGAAACCUUUUUAUGAAAUGUAUUUGUUAGGAAUUUAUCAUCAUUUCUCUUUUUUUCUUUUCGCUUAUAUAAUUGCAUAUUGCAGUUACAUGGCUAUAUAUUAUUGUCUCUCUUUUUUGUUUUAUUGUCGCAUAAUCUUGUUGCCGGAAAUGUGACGUUGAGGCAACGCAUAUACAUAUACAUAGGAUGAACCGUAUCAAAACAUUGGCCGAGAACUAUAGUGCGUCUAAAAAAUCUAAGAAUUCUUCUCCUACUUCAAAUCAGUUUCUAGGUAAAAAGAAAGAUAAAUUCGAACGGAUUUUUACGCUUUUUCGAAAAAAUGUAUAAUGUUCAAUCUUGUAGGGGUUUUGGACCAUAAAGCCAACAGCUUUUUAUGCAAGGGGUCCAAAAAUUUCUACCAUUUGAAACGAUUGUCAAAUGGAACAUGGCACGAAACAAUGUAUGCACGGAACAUAAAUAUUGCGACCCAUUUAAAAAAGUAAUGCGACCUAUAAAUGAUCUUCAAAUCUACAUUUAAUGUUUCUACAUUUUUUCGUAUCAUAUACUUUCUAUCCGACAAUUGUUUCAAAAGGCAAAAAUUUGUAGACAUCGCGAGAGACCAGUUACCAUCGUUUCUAAUACACCAAUCAACUGGGAAUUUUAUAACUUCAAAUGUACUGAUCCAAUUUGACAAUCAUCUGAUCCGAGUUAACUCUAGUCGCCGUUUGUUUCUUCCACAGAAAAUUGUCUGUCACGAAAAAACAUUGAUUUCGCUUAGAAAAAAAUACUAGUUUUAUCUUGGAGUCUCGAAACCGUCAAAUAUUGAAGUUUGGUUCUUUUAAAUAUUGCCCUAGGAUGGCAGAGAGGUAACCGUAGCAGACAGAACUUUUGGAUCUGUACGCAGGGUGUCCCAUUAUUCGUAAGAUAGGGUAAUUUUGUAAGGAAAAUUGAGUUGGAAACGUACAAUAUAAUUUUUUCUAUAAGGCUUUCUUUUCCAGAAUUUUCAAACUGGGCCUCGUAUGGAAACAUUAUGUUCUAACUACAUUUUUGGCUCAUUUUUCUAAUGUGAAAAAAAGGUAUCUUUUAAGUGAUACAGAUUUUUCUCAAGAACUGAGAUGAUAUCUAACAGAAUUUUAUUGUAUAUUUUUUAGUUGAUUUUUGCAGAAUACUAGGGCACUCUGUUAUGGAAAUCGCCGCGCACCCUUAACUCCAAAACUUCCUAUAAGCUCUAACAUUGCACUUUUAGCGCAUCGUGUUGCAACUAAGUCGUUCGUUUCUCGAUGGUCUACGCACGUGAGACAAAAAGGAAAUGUUUUUCUUCGGUGUGUGCGAGUUGCGGAACUCUUUGAGAAAAACGACGAGGCGGCAACCACCAAACAGAAAGCAACAGCUUCGAUUCGAUCGGGUUAGAAAAUGAUCAAUUGUUCGUGUGUUCUAGACACAGUCGUAAGUAUAUUUAUACUUGAUAUUAGCAAAGGCCUAAACUUCGUUGAAGCCAGUGGUUUUCAAAUUUUCAGAACUAAAGUGGAUGGACCUUGUUAGGACGCAAUCGUUCCCGAUAAUACUCGUUUUAACAGUUUUCUCUUCAAUUUAACCAGCGAAAUGCUUCUUAAAGAAGAAAUAACCGCUGAAUGACUUUGCAUGGAUAUUCCGAUAAAAUUCUACGAACCAGAAUUCUGUAAUUUAUCAUUCCAUUCAUCAACAAUUCAUUAUUAUAUUCGCAAGUAGAACUCUUCCUAACUGAAUCUUCGAGUACUCAGGUACUAUGAUCUACCCGUAAAUCAAUGCAAUAGUAAAAAGCCUCAGUUACAAUUGAUAAUUUUGUUGGGGCUUUCUACAUUUCUUCUAAGCUAAUUUUAAUUUGAAACACGUCUUUCGAUUUUGAAUAGCUUGACCCUUUCAAACUAAGAAUUUUGAACGAGAUCUUUUACAGAAAUCUUGAAAAGAAGAACACGACUUGUAAUUAAUAGUUGUUAGAUUUUUCUCAUCUCCUCGCAUUGAUCUACUUUUUUUUUUAAACUUAGAAUUAUUGUCUACUAUUUUGUAUUAUAAGCUGUACAAACAGAAACGAACAUUAGAUAAAAGAAGUCUACUAUGAAAGAGUAAUUUCGAUUGCUCCGUGUUAUGGAUUAGAUAAUGGAAAAAGUCAACCAACUUCGUUUCUUUUCCUACAUAGUUUUUAAUUUCUUUUGUCCGAUUGAUGCACGUGAAACAUCAUUUUUCAGCGUAUCAUUAAACAAACAACGUUUCUUUCUUUCUUCAAUAUAAUCAUUCAAUUUGUGAAUGUUAUUCAGCAAAAUUUGCUAGGGAACUAAUUAUUUAAUUUACUUUCUUGAGAGGCGCUACCCAAUGACUCUCUCUCCAAUUUUUUUUUACCCACCAUACGAAACAAGUGAUCAAAAUUAGGGGCGCAUGGAUCUCUUUUUCUUGAAAACCAUUAAUUCUAGAAAGUGUAUGCAAGAAUCAAUUAGAAAAUGUUUUCUAAUUCUUUUUGUAAUGUAUACAAUAAUUGUUUCUUAUUUGAAGUUUAAUUUAAUUUUGUAGAAAAAUUAUAUGAUGUCUCGUGUGCGCCAAUUAAAUGGAACAUUCGUUUUUGUUUCUAGGACUAUCAAUGAACUAAUUGAAAAUUUCACCGUGAUCAGAUGUCGGUAUCAGUUGCGUUUGUGUGGGAAACUCGCAUUUGCCGAACGUGUGUGUAUGUGUAUUGUUCGCGAGUUACCCCCGGUACUCGUCCAUGUCCGUGAAGUUACGAUUUAAGACGAUCAUACUUGGAGUAAAAGUAAAGGAAAGAAACUAUCUUAUACAUAUAUACAUAUAUGUAUAAUUAUAAAUAUUUGUACAUAAUGCCUGUAUUUCAUUUAUGAUGUUAACGAGCUCUGUAUAAAUUUCUUAUUAAGGGUGUAAGAUUAUUAGACGUUUAGGAGCGUCAAGUGGAAGCGAGAAAGUUCUUGUAUUAUAUUAGUUUAUGACAAAACGUAGGAAGUUGCAAGGUGUGAGAUCUUUUUGUAAUUAUUGAAUUGAUGAACCAGUGGACGUCAACCGAGAGAGAAAGAGAGAAUGAAAGAUACAGGGAGAGAGAGAAAGAGAGAGAGAGAGAGAGAGAGAGAGAGAGAGAGAGAGUGACAGAGUGUAUGAAAUAAAAAAAGUACUGGCUGACACCGAUUGUAAACGAAAAAGCCGAUACCUUUAUUAUUAAAAACUCGUAAAACUUGUAAAACUUUGCGCGAGCCUCUAUUAUGUAUUUUAUAUAUAAAUUAUAUGCACACACAGGAGACACAUACGUAUAUAUAUAAAAUACAUAUAUAAGUAUACAUAUACAUAAUAUACAUAAAUCAAAUUGAAUAGCUGAACGUUUAGGAUCGAAGAAGAGAAAAGAGAAUCUUAUCGAGAGGCUUUUUAUUUUUAUUAUUUGUAAUUACCUAGUUUACAUGUUCAACGUUUCGUACGAUCAUCGAGAUCAUAAACGUAUGUGUAAAGGAAUAAAAGAAUGAUAUAUAAUAAAUUACUGAAUACGAAGGAGAAACACUAUUAAAAACUGAACAUACAAAUCGUUUGGAUAUUGUUUAUUCUAUUUCUUUAGACUUGUCGCUGAUGGACAAAUAAUUUUAAUACAUUAUCUACUGAUGUGUGGUUAUUUAAUAGUACUUCAAUGAAUUUUUUCAUAGAUUGCUUAAUAACGAGAGCAACUUUAUUCAGAAAUCAAUAAAUUAUCUCUGGCUACA